ACUACUUCCCGGGUUCUCACUUCAGUGUCUGUCUCUUCCAGGCAAACUGUGAGUGGAAGUGUUAGUGGAAGCAGUUAUUCUGGUUCUAGCUCCAGAUCCAGAUCAUCCUCCAACUCCCUAUCUCGCUCACGCUCCGGAUCCAGAAAAUCCAGGAAAUCCAGAUCUCUGAGUGUGAGCAGCGUGUCCUCCGUGUCCUCGGCUUCGUCCAGCAGCAGCUCGGUGCGCAGUGCAGACUCAGACGACAUGUAUGCUGACCUGGCCAGCCCUGUGUCCUCCGCCAGCUCCCACUCCCCCACCACCAAUCACCCCCGCAAGGAGCGAGUGCCGGUGCGGGACCGGCCUCCACAAGGCAGAGACAAGAUCAGGGAGAGACCAUCAAAAAAAGAGGAACCCUUCAGAGAGGACCGCAGGAAGAUGGACCCGUCUAGUGCCACACUAAGAGGGGGCCACCCUGGGCCCAGGUCAGGACCUGGCAGCAGGGGGGGCCACCAUGUACAUCCCCCACCUGGCUCCAUGGGCCCCCCAGGAAGCUAUGGAGGUUCAGGUUCCCACAAAGACAUCAAACUCACCCUCCUCAACAAGCAGGGAGAUAAGGGCAGCAGGAAGAGGUACCUGCCUGCAGACAAAGAGCGGCCCUGCUCCCCCCUCAGUAAGAGGAUGGCCAUGUCUCCAGACAGAGGUGAGAACCAACCACCGCGCAACAGCGGUAAUUAAAGUUUCAAAGUCUCAAAAAUGCU